AAGUUAGUAUGAUACCGGUUUGAAUGUUGGAGAGUGUGCUGUGAUUAUAUUACUGUGACGUAAUGUAGCGACAAAUGUUUGGAAUAGAUACAUUUUUCAACAUUUCUAGGUCUACGUUUAGAAUGUGUUGAACGAUUCGGUGUUUCCGCAAGACAAUUUCCAUGUGACAAUGAUUUUUGAUCGGUUCGUCUAGUGUUUGUCUGUGAUCUUACCGUCGGAUAAUAUUCCUCUAGUGGAUUGUCUGUAGUGCGUGAAGACUGUUUAGCGAUGUGUUUAUGUAUAUAAUGAGUUGUUCUGAAGUUAUGUACCAAGCAUAUUAUCCGUAUUUAUAUCAAAGGGCUGGAGCAGCGCCUCCAGUAUCAGCUCAUCCAGUACCUAGAACUGGACCCUUCACAUCCCCUUUCGGCGCUGCUCAUCAGUAUGAUAGGUUUAACGUUCAAAGACUGCAGGAUGCGCAUACGCUGUCGCAGGCGGCAGCGGCGGCAGGAUCGAGCAACGGCGUUGUCGGAGGCGGUCUCUCCGGAAGCAUGGACAGCCACGUCGCAGCUUCUGGACAUACGCACCCCCUUUACCUGCAGGGCUCCGCGCAUAGUUCGGGAGGGUCGGUCAGUUCUACGGGAGGCGCCUCACCAACUAGUCCCCUCAGGCCUGGCAAGGAAGAAGACUGCAGUUUGCAUGGCAGGAGUAGCACGGAAGAUCCUCAGCAGGGGGUUGACGACGACGACUCCCAAGAAGCAGGAAGCUCGCGUGCACAGUACGUCUCUGCAAAUUGCGUGGUAUUCACCCAUUACCAAGGUGACGCGGCCUCCGUAGUCGACGAACACUUUUCUAGAGCCCUAGACAAGACGUCUGCUCACACGAAAGAAAGUUCACCGAUGUCUACCCGAAAUUUCCCCCCCUCAUUCUGGAACAGUCAGCAUUACACUGGUGCAACAGGAAGCGCCCAUCAUGCUGCAGAUCUCUAUUCCGAGCAUUACCAUCCCGGUGACGCUUGGUACCAGUAUAGUCAGCACCAUAGGGCAGUCCAUGACUACCAUCAUCACAACAUGGCCGCACAGUAUGGUGGUCUUCUCUUGCCAGGAUCGAGGUUGCACAUGGGAUCGCAUGCUCCUUGUAAAGCGAUGGAUUGGCAACAUCCUUCUAUCGAUUCACCGUAUUCUUCCUAUCCCACUAUGUCAGGUUUGGAGGCCCAAGUCCAGGACUCCUCCAAGGAUCUCUACUGGUUCUGAAAGCACCGGACAUUGUAUAGUUUCUUUAAAAAAAGUGAGACGUGAUCUAAGUGUAAUAUAAAAAGUACAAACUCUUAUUUAAACAUAAGUUUCCCAUGAAGACUUGAAACGUUUAUUUCAAAAAUAAAUGUUUCAUAUUAUAUAUCAGACGAUUGUGUAAAUAUAUUGGAAUCUGAUACUAAGUAUUAAAAAACUACAAUAUUU